AUGAAUUUCACCAGACUCGUCUUGGGUGUGCAGUUGGUAACUGCGGGUAUCCAAUUGCCCAGAAACUACCUGCAAGAUGAAUGGAAGAGCCUGUUGUUACUUCUUGGGCCUGGCAUGGCUGCCAUGUGGAUAUGUAGCAGUCUUGUUAUCUGGGGCUUGAUUCCUAGUUUCCGGUUCCUCCAUGCCCUUAUAGUGGCAGCCUGUUUAACCCCAACUGAUGCAGUCCUUUCAAAUUCUAUCAUAAAAGGGAAGUUUGCUGAUAAACAUGUCCCUCGCGCACUGCAAAGAAUCAUCAUCGCAGAGUCAGGAGCAAAUGAUGGCCUGGGCUAUCUCUUCCUCUACUUUGGAAUGUAUCUACUGAAAUACACUGGAACGGGUGGAGGUCCUGCGAAAGCUAUUGGAACGUGGCUCUACGACACAUGGGUAUAUGGUGUUAUACUGGGCACUGUCUAUGGCGUCACAGUCGGCUGGUUCUCAAGGAAGUUGCUCCAGUUCGCGGCAGAAAAACAUUAUGUGGACCGAGAGAGCUUCCUUGUCUUCGCUGUAACCCUUGGACUUUUUACCUUGGGAACAUGCGGUCUUAUCGGAACAGACGAUCUUCUGGCUUGCUUCAUUGCUGGUUAUGUCUUUUCACAGGAUGACUGGUUCCGACUGGAGACAAUGGACGACUCCCUGCAGCCGACUAUCGACAUGCUCCUCAACCUUUCCGUCUUUGUGUGGUUUGGUGCAGUAUGCCCGUGGACCCUGUUUGUGCACAACCAUAUUAUUCCCCUUCACCAGCUCUUCUUUCUGGGAUUUUUGAUACUCCUAGUCCGUCGGAUGCCUGUUGUCUUCGCAAUGUACAAAUACAUGCACCAGAUAGAGCAUGUCGCCCACGCAGCCUUCGUCGGGUUUUUUGGACCCAUUGGUGUUGGUGCCAUUUUUUUCCUAUCGGCUAGUCGGGAAUAUCUAUGCGGAAUUACGGUCGACGGCAGGAUGCGGCAGGAUGCGGAGAGGGUUUCAGAUGCGGUUAAUAUAGUAGUGUGGUUCUUGGUCGUUUCCAGCAUAAUAGUUCACGGCCUUUCUAUCCCCCUGGUGGUAGCAGGAUACCAUCUUCCGGGAACCGUAUCGAGUGCCUUCAGUACUAGUUUCGCAAUCGAGCCAGAUCCUGCCUCUCUUCCAGGUAUUCAAGAGGCUGAAAGCUCUCGAACGCCUCAGUUAUUUGCCAACAACCAAAAUCAUGGAUGUGGCAUCGACCGAAAAUCGUUUCGGCACCUGUUCCGCCGGAUUGGUCGAUCGCUGAUAAGAAUCAGCUUUCCAGCCAGCCUUGUGCAGCCAAGGAUGGGUCUGCCUGGGGAGCUCGAGAAUCCAGGGGGCCCGGUCGCUGAUGAGGCGGAGCGACGUAACCUGAUAGCGGCCGAAAACCUAGUCUGA